GGGAAAGAAGCUGAGAAAGGACCUCUGCUCUUCGAUGACCUCCCUCCGGCCAGCAGUACUGACACAGGAUCAGGGGGACCUUUGCUUUUUGAUGACCUCCCACCUGCUGGCAGUGGCGAUUCAGGUUCUCUUGCCUCUUCGAUACCCCAGCUGGUAACGAAUGAAGGGAAAGGAGCGAAGAGAAAAACUCCUGAGGAAGAGAAGAAUGGCAGUGAAGAGCUUGUGGAAAAGAAAGUUUGUAAAGCCUCUUCGGUGAUCUUUGGCCUGAAAGGCUAUGUGGCCGAGAGGAAGGGUGAGAGGGAGGAGAUGCAGGACGCCCAUGUCAUCCUGAACGACAUCACUGAGGAGUGCAGGCCCCCGACGUCCCUCAUUACUCGGGUUUCCUAUUUUGCUGUUUUUGAUGGACACGGAGGAAUUCGGGCUUCAAAAUUUGCUGCACAGAACUUGCAUCAGAACUUAAUCAGGAAAUUUCCUAAAGGAGAUGUGAUCAGUGUAGAGAAAACUGUGAAGAGAUGCCUUUUGGACACGUUUAAGCAUACCGACGAGGAGUUCCUCAGACAAGCUUCGAGUCAGAAGCCUGCCUGGAAAGAUGGGUCCACUGCCACGUGCGUCUUGGCCGUAGACAACAUUCUUUAUAUUGCCAACCUCGGAGAUAGUCGGGCAAUCCUGUGUCGUUACAAUGAGGAGAGUCAGAAACAUGCAGCCUUAAGUCUCAGCAAAGAGCAUAAUCCAACCCAGUACGAAGAACGAAUGAGAAUACAGAAGGCUGGAGGAAAUGUCAGGGACGGACGUGUCUUGGGUGUGCUGGAGGUGUCCCGCUCCAUCGGGGAUGGGCAGUACAAGCGCUGUGGGGUCACUUCUGUGCCGGAUAUCAGACGCUGCCAGCUGACCCCCAAUGACAGGUUCAUUUUGCUGGCCUGUGACGGGCUCUUCAAGGUCUUUACCCCGGAAGAAGCCGUGAACUUCAUCUUGUCCUGCCUCGAGGACGAGAAGAUCCAGAGCCGAGAAGGGAAGCCCGCCGUGGACGCCCGCUACGAGGCGGCCUGCAACAGGCUGGCCAACAAGGCCGUGCAGCGGGGCUCAGCAGACAACGUCACGGUGAUGGUGGUGCGGGUCGGUCGCUGAGGCGCGGCGUCCACCUGGGGCGUCAGUGUGUGCACAUUUCUCGUGUUGCGUGCUCCUGUGGGUCUCCCGUGGUUGUAAAUAAAGGUUUCUUUCUUUUUUU